AUGGCGGCUCGCGGUGAUGAAUCGCCGCCUCUAAAGGCGGACCCCGAAAAGGCCGCCGUCGUCUCCUACCCCCCUCCUGUCCUCCCAGGAUACAACCAGCAUGGUCGGUCCAAGCACGCCGCCGAAACCGUCCAGGAUGAGGAGUUCAUGACUCGAAAUGGUCUCAAUCUCACCUCUUUCAAGAAGCGAGACUACGGUCUGGGUCUGGUCGAGCUUGACCGUGCCAUGAAGACGCGUCAUCUCCACAUGAUUGCCAUCGGUGGUUCGAUUGGUGCUGGUUUCUUCGUCGGUUCUGGUAAAGCUCUUGCCGCAGGUGGUCCUGGUUUUGUUUUGAUUGACUUCUUGAUUAUCGGUAUCAUGAUGUUCAACGUCGUCUACGCUCUCGGUGAACUCGCUGUUAUGUACCCUAUCUCUGGUGGUUUCUAUACUUACUCGGCUCGAUUCAUUGAUCCUUCCUGGGGUUUCGCCAUGGGUUGGAACUAUGUUUUCCAAUGGAUUAUUGUCUUACCUCUCGAACUGACGGUCUGCGCCCUCACAAUCAAGUAUUGGAAUAAAGACAUCAGUGAAGCGGUUUGGAUUGUAGUCUUCUUGGUGGCCAUUACGAUUUUCAACAUCUUUGGUACCAUCGGAUACGCCGAAGAGGAGUUCGUCGCCUCGGCUUUCAAGCUUGCCGCAACCGUCAUUUACAUGAUCACUGCGCUCGUCCUCGUCUGCGGCGGUGGCCCCAAGGAUGGCCGGUACAGUGAAUACUGGGGUGCUCGUCUUUGGUACGAUCCCGGUGCUUUCAAGGACGGUUUUAUGGGCUUCUGCGGCGUCUUCGUCACGGCUGCUUUCUCUUUCGCUGGAACUGAGUUGGUUGGUCUCGCCGCCGCCGAGUCUCGCAAUCCCGUCAAGGCCUUGCCCGGUGCUAUCAAGCAGGUCUUCUGGCGUAUCACUCUCUUCUAUAUCCUUGGUCUGCUCUUCGUUGGAUUCCUCGUCAGCUCCGACGACGAAAAUUUGUUGUCUGGCAAGGGCUCGGACACCUCACCUUUCGUGCUUAGUCUCAAGUACGCUGGUCUCAACGGCUAUGACCACUUCAUGAACUUUGUCAUUCUCGUCUCGGUUCUUUCCAUCGGUGUCUCGGCUGUAUACGGAGGCUCUCGAACCUUGACCGCCCUUGGUCAGCAAGGGUAUGCCCCCAAGAUCUUUACUUACAUUGAUCGAUCCGGUCGUCCCCUCUUCUCGGUGGCUGUCCACCUUAUUGCCGGUUUCCUAGCCUUCCUCAGCAUGAACGACAAGGGUGCGAUUGUGUUCGACUGGCUUGUUGCACUUUCGGCGCUUGCGGCCCUGUUUACCUGGGGAUCCAUCUGCCUUGCACACAUCCGAUUCCGAGCGGCGUGGAAGCACCACGGUCACACUCUCGAUGAGAUUCCUUUCCAGGCUAUCGGUGGCGUGUAUGGUUCGUGGGUCGGCUUCAUUCUUUGCAUAAUUGUCUUGGCCGCUACUUGCUACACUGCCGUUGAGCCCAAGGAUCCGGAAGAGUUCUUCAAGCAGUGGCUCGCCGUCCCCGUGGUUCUCGUUUUCUGGGCGAUUGGCUACGUUUGGAAGAAGACUGGUUGGCUUAGCCUCGACCAAAUUGAUAUCGACACUGGUCGCCGCGAGCACGACUGGGAUACCAUCCAGGCCUACCGUGACGAGGUUGCCCGUUGGCCCGCUUGGCGCCGUAUUUGGAAUAAGCUCUUCUAA